AAAAAAAAAAAAACCAGAAAAAAAAAAAAAAAAAAAAAACAGAGCAAGCAUGGAUGAUGAACUACCCACGGUUUGUGUUCUUGAUGCUUCAACCUAUGUGGGUUUUUGGAUUCUCAAAGGACUCUUGAACAAAGGAUACACAGUUCAUGCAGCUACCCAGAAUAAAGGAGAUACAGAAAUUGGGAAGAAAAUUAAAGAAUUGGAGAAAGAGGAGGAAAGAUUAGUGGUGUUUAGUGUAGAUGUUUUGGAUUAUCAAAGCAUCUUAUUUGCGUUGAAGGGUUGCUCUGCUUUGUUCUGCUGUUUGGACAGCCCAGAUGGAUAUGAUGAUGAAAUGGUUGAUUUGGAAGUUAGAGGAGCAAUUAAUGUAGUGGAGGCAUGUGCACAGAGUUAUAGUAUAGACAAGAUUGUGUUUAGUUCUUCUUUAAAUGCAGCAAUUUGGAAAGAAAAUAUUGAUUCCCAGAAAGAUGUUGAUGAGAGGUCCUGGAGUGAUCAAGAAUUUUGCAAGAAACUAAAGUUGUGGCAUGCACUGGCAAAGACACAAGCAGAACAAGCAGCUUGGGCAUUAGCAAUGGACCGCAUGCUUAACAUGGUUUCAAUUAAUGCUGGACUAGUAAUGGGUCCUGCAGUGACCCAGCAAAACCCUGGAUCCACUGUCUCUUACCUCAAAGGAGCAGCACAAAUGUAUGAAAAUGGAGUGCUAGCCUUUGUGGAAGUGAAUUUCCUGGUUGAUGUUCAUAUUAGAGCUCUGGAGGAUCGCUCAACAUGUGGCCGAUACUUUUGCUUCAACCAGAUAGUUAAUACUGAGCAGGAAGCUGUCAAACUCGCACAAAGCUUGAGCCCUUUAAUUCCUUUACCGCCAAGAUAUGAAUACCAAGGAAGUGAAGUUCAUGCUGAACGGUUAACUAACAAGAAAUUAAACAAGCUGGUUGAGGGUACAGCCUAUUAGUAUAUUAAAGAAGACAUUGGAUUUAGAGUUUUUCUUAUAAAAUAAUAUUUUGGACGUGUAUAUUAUCCUUUUGGUCGGAAUUUUUUUUUAAAGCAGUAAUAGGGAGGUAGGUCUCCUCUAUCUUUCCUCUUAAAUAAAAUAAUCUUCUAAAUCGUAAAUAGUCAGUUCAAUAAUCAAAGAUGUUUAGUAA